AAUAAUUUAAUACUCCGUCAAAAAUACGUAUGUUUGAAAGUCGUCGUCAAAGUUGGCUUUUUCAUAAAAUAACGAAGAAACACUCGUUCUUCUUCCUUGCCCAAAUUGCUAAAUCAAAUACUAUAAUUACUCACAAAAUUAUUCAUUUUCAUAGUUCCAAAAUACAUAAAAAAAAUCUUACAUUCUUUCAUUCUUUUCCCUCAACAAUUCACCCAAAACAUUAACCGGUCAUCACCAUUUUCAAGAUUCACAUAUAUUUUUCUUUCAGACAGAGACAUGCCGGGAGGUAGACAAGGCGGUCGGAGAAGAAGCAGGUUACGCCUAAGCAACAUCUACGCCUUCAAAUGUCGCAAAUCAAGUUUCCAAGAAGACCACUCGCAGAUAGGAGGACCCGGCUUCUCCCGAGUCGUCUACUGCAACGAACCCAACUCUCCGGCGUCGGAACGCCGCAACUACGCCGGAAACUACGUCCGGUCAACGAAAUACACUCCGGCUUCGUUCAUACCCAAAUCUCUCUUCGAGCAGUUUCGCCGCGUCGCCAACUUCUACUUCCUCGUCACCGGAAUCUUGUCGCUGACUCCGCUCUCUCCUUACAGCGCCGUCAGCGCUCUGUUACCUCUCGGCUUCGUCAUCCUCGUGAGCAUGGUCAAAGAAGGGAUCGAGGACUGGGGAAGAAAACGACAGGACAUAGAGGUGAACAACAGGAGAGUGAAGGUUCACGACGGGAACGGAACGUUCCGGCAGGAGGAGUGGAGGGAGCUUAAGGUCGGAGAUAUAGUGAGAGUUGAGAAAGACGAGUUUUUUCCGGCGGAUCUUUUGCUUCUUUCGUCGAGCUACGAAGACUCGAUUUGCUACGUGGAGACGAUGAAUUUAGAUGGAGAGACGAAUCUGAAAGUGAAGCAAGGUUUGGAAGCGACGUCGUCGGCGUUACACGAAGACUCCGACUUCAAAGAGUUGAAAGCCGUCGUGAGAUGCGAAGAUCCUAAUGCGGAUCUCUACACGUUCGUCGGAACUUUGCAUUUGGAAGAACAGAGACAUCCUUUGUCUAUUCAACAGCUUUUGCUUCGUGACUCGAAGCUUAGAAACACGGAGUAUGUGUACGGAGCUGUUGUAUUCACUGGACACGACACAAAGGUGAUUCAAAAUUCAACUGAUCCACCAUCGAAGAGAAGCAGAAUCGAGAGGAAGAUGGACAAGAUCAUCUACAUGAUGUUCUUCGUAGUGUUUCUGAUGUCUUUCAUCGGCUCCAUCGUCUUUGGAAUCGAGACAAGAGAGGAUAGAGCGAGAGCUGGAGGAAGAACAGAGAGAUGGUACUUAAAACCAGACGAUGCAGACAUCUUCUUCGAUCCCGAAAAAGCUCCACUGGCUGCGAUUUUACAUUUCUUCACCGCGGUUAUGCUCUACAGCUACUUCAUUCCGAUUUCUCUCUACGUAUCCAUCGAAAUCGUCAAAGUUCUUCAGAGCGUUUUCAUCAACAACGACAUUCUCAUGUACUACGAGGAGACCGAUAAACCCGCGCACGCGAGAACGUCAAAUCUCAACGAAGAGCUUGGAAUGGUCGACACGAUCCUAUCCGAUAAGACCGGGACGCUGACGUGCAACUCCAUGGAGUUCAUCAAGUGUUCCAUCGCUGGGACGGCGUACGGGCGCGGUAUAACCGAAGUUGAAAGAUCCAUGGCUAUGAGAAGCGGCGGCGCGGCUUUGGUUGGCGAUGAUUUGGACGUUGUGGUGGACAAGUCUGGUCCUAAGAUCAAAGGGUUUAACUUCCAGGACGAGAGAGUCAUGAAAGGUAACUGGGUUAAGCAGCGAGAAGCUGCUGUCUUGCAAAAGUUUUUCAGGUUGUUAGCCGUGUGUCACACGGCUAUACCUGAAACUGAUGAAGCCACAGGAGCCGUCUCUUACGAGGCUGAGUCUCCUGAUGAAGCUGCGUUUGUCGUCGCGGCUAGAGAGCUCGGGUUCGAGUUCUUUAGCCGCACGCAAAACGGGAUCUCGUUCCGUGAGUUGGACCUUGCAACAGGGCAGAAAGUUGAAAGGGUGUAUCGGUUACUAAACGUUCUUGAGUUCAACAGCGCGAGGAAGAGAAUGUCAGUGAUCGUGCGGGACGAAGAUGGGAAGCUUCUGUUACUGUCAAAAGGAGCUGACAAUGUGAUGUUUGAAAGACUUGCUAAAAACGGACGUAAAUUCGAAGAGAAAACAAGAGAGCAUGUGAAUGAAUAUGCAGAUGCAGGGCUAAGGACAUUGAUACUUGCAUACCGUGAAGUUGAUGAGAAUGAGUACAUUGAGUUCAGCAAGAACUUCAAUGAAGCUAAGAACUCAGUAACAACGGAUCGCGAGAGCUUGAUCGAUGAAAUCACUGAUCAGAUGGAACGUGAUUUGAUCCUCCUUGGUGCUACCGCUGUUGAGGACAAGCUUCAAAAUGGGGUUCCUGAAUGUAUAGACAAGCUUGCGCAAGCAGGAAUCAAGAUUUGGGUUCUAACUGGAGACAAGAUGGAGACAGCAAUCAAUAUAGGGUUUGCUUGUAGUUUACUAAGACAAGAGAUGAAGCAGAUCAUCAUAAACCUCGAGACACCACAUAUAAAAGCAUUGGAGAAAGCUGGAGAGAAAGAUGCGAUUGAACAGGCAUCUAGAGAAAGCGUCGUGAAGCAAAUGGAGGAAGGGAAAGCUCUCAUCACAGGAUCAAGCGGCUCUCAUGAGGCGUUUGCCUUGAUCAUUGACGGGAAGUCGCUAACGUACGCUCUUGAAGAUGAUUUCAAGAAACAGUUUCUUGACUUAGCCACAGGGUGUGCCUCUGUUAUUUGCUGCAGAUCAUCACCUAAACAAAAGGCAUUGGUUACGAGGUUGGUCAAAAGUGGAACUGGGAAGACAACAUUAGGUAUUGGAGAUGGAGCAAAUGAUGUUGGAAUGCUUCAAGAAGCAGACAUCGGUAUCGGAAUCAGCGGCGUUGAGGGAAUGCAAGCUGUUAUGUCUAGCGAUAUAGCCAUUGCUCAGUUCAGAUACUUAGAGCGUCUCUUGCUAGUCCAUGGUCACUGGUGUUACAGCAGAAUCUCAUCCAUGAUAUGUUACUUCUUCUACAAGAAUAUAACUUUUGGUGUGACUGUCUUCUUAUACGAAGCCUACACAUCUUUCUCUGCUCAACCAGCAUAUAACGACUGGUUUCUAUCUCUUUUCAACGUCUUCUUCUCUUCUCUUCCCGUCAUUGCUCUCGGAGUUUUCGAUCAAGACGUCUCAUCUCGCUUCUGUUACAAGUUCCCAUUGUUAUACCAAGAAGGAGUUCAGAAUCUACUCUUCAGCUGGAAAAGAAUCAUUGGAUGGAUGUUCAAUGGACUAAUCACAGCGCUCGCCAUUUUCUUCAUCUGCAAGGAAUCUCAAGAACACCAACUCUACAACCCUAACGGCAAAACCGCCGGUCGGGAGAUCCUCGGAGGGACAAUUUACACUUGCAUUGUCUGGGUGGUCAAUCUCCAGAUGGUUCUAGCCAUAAGCUACUUCACUUGGGUCCAACACAUUGUAAUAUGGGGCUCAAUUGCUUUAUGGUACAUCUUCCUCAUGGUCUAUGGAGCCAUGGGUCCUAGCUUCUCCACAGAUGCUUACAAAGUCUUCCUUGAAACCCUAGCUCCAGCUCCAUCUUACUGGCUAACAACUCUCUUCGUGAUGAUCUUUGCUUUGAUCCCUUACUUCGUCUUCAAGUCGAUUCAGAUGAGAUUCUUCCCUGGUUACCAUCAAAUGAUUCAGUGGAUAAGGUACGAGGGUCAUUCUAAUGAUCCUGAGUUUGUGGAAAUGGUUAGGCAGAGAUCGAUUAGGCCUACCACGGUUGGUUUCACUGCCAGAAGAGCUGCUAGUGUACGACGGUCCGGUAGGUUUCAUGAUCAGCUUAAAAAGAAUUUCAUUGCUUUCUGAAGAGAAGAGAGAUAGAAAUGUCUCAUUGUUUGUGAAAUGUGAAUAUAUACUUUGUAUAUACAGCUAUCAUCAUACAGACAAACAUUACAACU